AUGCCGCUGCUACGGCUUCACAAGAAGUCCGACAAGGACGCCGCAGACAUGAACCACCCUCCGACUCAGACCUCCGAAGCGCCCGAGUUUCGCAUCAUCCGCUCAGAUACCUACACCGAAGAGACAAUCGAUGCACCCCCCUUCCAGACGGUAGAAAGCCCCGGGACAUCCCCGCGCAAGUCCUUUGGCCUCUUCCGCCGGUCCAUCGACAGCGGGCGCAGCAGCCAGGACUCCCACUCGCCGCGGGAAAGCCGCUUCUCACGACUGCAUAUCGGCCGUCGGUCGAGGUCCGGCAGCUCCUCGUCCGUUAAUAUACCGGAUAACCUGCCUGAGGUGGGGGAUACCGGGGACGAGCAGGAGAGAGAGGCCCAGUGGGAGAAGCGGGCGACGAUCCUGGUGCAGGGCGGAUCGCAUUCUCCUGCCUCGCUGGGGGUGCAGAAGGGCAACAGAUCGCGAAGCUCGAGUGUUGGCAAAGUGAACGAUCCAGAGGGAGAUGAAACUAUACAAGAAGCUAUACGGCUGCAUGAAGCUGGAGGUAAGCAACCUCACCCUGUUACUGCUCGCAUGUCUAUUGCACUGCUAACCCAACCCCCUUCAGAUCUAGAAAAGUCAACGCACAUCUUUGGAAAGCUGGCAGACCCCCAAGGACAGAAUAACGCCUUGAGCCAAGUUCUCUUCGGCCUGGCCUUACGACACGGAUGGGGCUGUCAACCCAACACCGAAAUGGCAGUCCAAUACCUUAGCGCCGCAGCGUCAAAUUCAGCCUCUAUUGAAGAAGAAGCCCUUCGCGCCGGCAUGGUGAAAGGCGGCGCGGCAAAGGGUGAAUUGGUGCUCGCUAUCUAUGAGUUGGCAAACUGCUACCGCAACGGAUGGGGCGUGGCCAAGGAUCCCGCUGCUGCUAGGCAGUAUUAUGAAACGGCUGCCAAUCUGGGAGAUACAGAUGCCAUGAACGAGGCCGGAUGGUGUUAUCUCGAAGGGUUUGGCGGGAAGAAAGACAAGGCUGGCCGAACAGAAUGGGAACAAGACGCUGGGGAAUUCUUGGAUCUGGAAGGAUAA